AACAUUUUUUCUUUUGUCUUAGGUGCAAAAUACAAGGAUGACUGUCCUGCGGAAAACAUGAUCCCAAUUUACUUAAUAGUGGCCGGAGCAGCUGGUCUGUUCAGUACUUGUUGCGCCGGCGGAGUAAGAUACACAAGUCAGGAAGAUGAUCAGCAAACCGUGAACCCGUUCAGCGGUCUCAUCCAACUCUUUCUGUUCGCUUGGUUCAUUGCUGGAAAUGUGUGGAUAUACAGUAACUACGAACCUAACUACACCGACCCCAGUAGCCCAGAUUUCUGCAACAAAACGCUGUAUCUAUUUGCCUUCUGGGUUACUAAUUCGUAUUAUAUCUUGUUUGGUUUCGUGUUAGGAAUUAUGUGUUUAAUAGGCAUGGGAGUAGCUUGUGCUAGCCAAAGUGAGGUCUAAAAUCGAAUUUAAAUAAACGAAUAGGCCCUUUCAGGCUUUGUUUAACUUUCAAACAACCUUUCCAUACAUUUGUCGAUAACAACCUAUUGAAUAAAUAUAACAUCAGUAGACUAUUUUUUCUUAAUCUAGAGAUGGGCCAGUUACAGCGACUGAAAAGCCAUCGACACAGCUGGAAAGAACGUUUUAAGUCAGAAAAGCUGAUAAUUAACAAAGAAAGUUGCGAAAUUUUGCUGCUAAUUGUAUAGUGGGCUCAAUUUUGUAACCCUACCAUAAACCAUAAAAUCUUACUUAAAAGACAUUGCUUGCAACAAUGUGUGCAAAUAAAUAAUAAAAAGCUUGCUAACAUGCAAACCACAAAGUCAUUUUCUACACUUCAACAGAUUUUAUUAAAUACGUUAUUCCAUUUCCCAGAAAUUGAGCAAUUAUGGGUUUUUUGGCCGUCAACAGGCUGGACCUCCAAAACAAUAACAUCUCGUUAAUUUUCAAGCGUGAUCCGUUCAGUAGGAUACUUUUCGAUAACGACAAUUGAACUUGAUAAAAACGGCGCUCGUUUUGAGGUGAUGCAUCGUUCUUGGGUUGAUACCUUUCCAAUUUACAAACCCCGUGUAGGUUUGGGUUAAAGGAAUUUCACUGAAAACGAAAAACUGAAAAUGGUACGCUGAGAAGACACGUGCUUACUGUUAAUGAAUGGUAAACUAUGGCUGUAUGAUUGAUGUUCAACAAAACUGCUGUGAAUGCGUUUCGAACCUAUUCACCUACAGUAAUAAAAUUUCGAUUUUCAUAAUUCUACAAAGUGAUUUGCUGAUAUAAAAUCAAGUACUAGAAUUCUCUAAUUCUUAUUUAAACUAACUUUUAAACUAAUACACGCGCAAGGAGUUUCAAAAAGAUGAUUUGGAUUGAAAUGAGUUUUCUAUUUAAGGCUUAUCUCACCAACAUGGUUCUUUGAUGAAUUGAAAUAUUUCUGCUCUACUCCCUUUUUGCGUGUGCUUGGCUUGCCUCGUGUUUCUGGGGAUUUGCUUCAUUAGUUUUCUUUGGCGUGCCAGUUCGCUUUAUAACUUUUUUAAAAUCUUAACGCGGAAGUAACAAAUCAAUAUAUUUUGCUUAGUCAUUCAAGACAUGCACUGUUAGAUGCAACCUUGACGUAGCCAUCGAUAAUUUUAGUUUUAAAGCUCGGUCAUUGUUAUUCAGUCACAGUUGUGACUCAUUCAAAGUUAACGCUUUUUAUCGGAACCAUAUUCCAGGACGACCGUGUUUCAUUGCUGCAAGUAAGUAAAUAAGCAAGUAAGUAAGUAAGUCAGCCAGUCAGACUUCAAGUAAAACUCUUCACGAACCGCCUUGCCACCUUGUUUAUAUUCUAUUCCAUUCUGAAAUCAGUGGUGAUCCUUUCAAUCUUAUUGGCUCUCAGCGAUUUAUUCAAGAAUAGCAAUAUUUUUUGCUCUAACUCGCAUCAUGUUUGUUCUAAAUGGUAUCAUCUUUCAUUAUCUCGUUUGUGUGGGAUGGAAACGUAUAUAUUUAUAAAAACUACGAGCCUAACUACACUGAACUCAGCAGUUCGGAUUUGUGCCACAAAACGCUGUAUCUAUUUGCUUUCUGGGUUACUAAUUCGUUAGCCUGAGUAUCAGGCGUUUCUGGGGAAAAGGGGAAAGAUGGAAGCAAAAAAGGGAGAGAGCUGAAGGAGAAAAACUUCCUUUCUCUUCUCCCCUCCCCACUCCCCCAUCUAAAAUCUCCUCUCCCCUAGCCCCUUAGGAAGGCCUGAUACUCAGCUACUAAUUCGUGUUAUAUCUUGUUUGGUGUCGUGUUAGUUAUUGGGUGUGUGACGGGUAUUGCAAUUUCAAAAGAAAUGCCCUGCUGGGAGGAAAAAAGUUAAACCAUCCAGGCCCUGUCCACACUAAUGCGUUUUAGAAAUUAUGCAUUUUCGUUGUCAUCGAAACUGAACGCAUCGAUCGAUUCGCGUCCACACUACCACGCUACACACUAAAGGUCUUACUGCUAGCGCCAGAGGGUUCUUAAAGCACAGUAGGCAAAAGAAUGGCGGCUGUAGUUAUUAACUCUCUAUAUACCGUAGCAAAGUAACGAGCAAUAAACGUGGUAAUCUUUUAGGGUUUUUAUUAUUUUCCCACGAAAACCGGCAGCUGAUCUGAUCUCUUUUCUAAUUAAUAACUAAAGGUUUAUUUGUGCGCUGGGUGAAGCGUUGUGGUUGUCAAUUUAAUGUUACAGAAAUGUCGACGCGGAUAUCUUUAUAAUGCACGUGUGACUAAGCACAAAUAGAUCGUUUUCGAGUCAAUAUUUUGGUUAAAAUUUAAAGAGAUUUAUGCCGUGAACUCUAAACCAUUUGAACAGAGUUAGCGGACAUAUGGAUAUUAAAAAGUAAUGAUAAACACAUUUUACUCUUUAGCUUACACUGUGGCUUAAAAUAAUCGAAGAACUCAACAGAAAACAACAAUAUACUGCGAUGUUGAGGCAACCCUUGAUAUAGCCUACGUGUUUCCUCAACCCCCCCAACCGUUUUUGCUUUGUUGUGGGGGAGGAAGCGGCUACACGUAGGAUACCACUGAUAUUAAACCUGACUGACUUUUCUUUAUAGUAAAAAUUGAGUUCUCCGACUUCAUUGAUUGCUCCUGUCUGUUCUGGGCCAGCUUCUGAAUGUUUCCCCAGGUGUGCUGUAGGGUCUUGAGCUCCCUUUCCACAGUCCGUCGCCAGGUGUUCUUGACUCGUCCCCGCUUGCGUUUUCCUUCUGGAAUGAUUCCUGAUUAAGUAAAAUUACUUCCAUCACUGACGUGGACAUUGCGGCUAACCGCACAUGACGUGAAUGACUAAACAAAAUAAUGUUUUUAGAGUUACUUCCGUGUUAGUUAGGAGCAAACAAACAAGUUUAAAGCGAAAUCUGGCACACCAAAGACAAAUAACAAAGCGAAUCCCUGAUCAAAACACCACUGAUCGAGUUUGACCAAUGACAUAGGAAUAGACUCAUUUUGUCAUUUAGUGACACUGACACAGAGGUAAGCCUUCGAUUGAAAUCGUUUUUCAAUCCAUUUAUUUGCCGCGUUAUUAAAUCAUCUUUUUAAAGCUUUUUGGUGAUGCUGUUGACUUUUGAAGAUCGUCUCUUUUUCAAUGCAAAGAAUUAACUGCUCAGUUUGAAUAGGAGCUCCGGGUUUCCUGUUCGUGAUUCAUUACCGACUAAAUCAUGCCGCUAUAGAAUAAACUCGAAAUUAUUGUCAUCCUGCAAGCAAGGAGCACGUGAAUUCCUCGUCCAUUCUACUGCAAGUGCAACUUUCAUGGCGGUUAAUCCGACUCUAUCGUUAACUUGGCAGCCGUUGACCAUGUAUUUCUUAAAGGCUUUUUUCCGAUUUGUCGCAGGUAUACCAAGAGAAAACUGUAUAUCCAAAUUAAACAAAUCAGCAGAGAUGGGAUCGGUCGGAGCCCAAGCAGAGUCUUGCAUGUGGAUUUUGGCGUUUCUACGUAAGUCUUUUUUUCGUUUAAACUCUUCUUCUUAAUCGGUGUGAGGUUUAGCAGAGACAGAAUGCUUUUUUCCACGGCUUCGGCCGGAAACGUUCAGUAUGUAAGAACAAGUUUUUAAGUCUGACGAAAUAAUGUUAGAAAGCGACGUAAAGAACCCUAAUGCAAAGGCCUUUCAAUCUGUUGUUAAUGAAGUGGCAUUUUUCUUUUUACAGUUUUGAUUUCAUCUGUCCUGACGUUUCCACUUCAGAUAGCCAUGAUAGUUAUGGGUAAGUUUAUGAACAGCCCUGGAUUGAUUCCUCGGUCAAUACAUCAAGGCCUCGGUCUGAGGUUUCCCUGUAAUGACCGAACGGACGAGGUGGUUUAUAAUAAGGAUAUAAUAAACUUUCCGGACACCUCUAUAAGGGACCAGUCAUAAUUUAAGUUGGAGGGGGGAGUGGAGGAGAAAUUGUUUUUUACUCCAAAUUUUUUGGCAGACCCCCACUAAUAGCACCCAUGUUUUUUAGGUACCCCCUUCAAUCAUGUUAAAAGAUUUAAGGGCCCCCCUUUCUUAUACAUAAUACCCAAAUGGUAAUAACAAAUAACAUUUUCUUUACUUUACCGUUCUUACUCACUGUCACUUCCGAAUGUGCCAACUAACAACAGAGAAGCACUUCACACUAAACUGAGAAAGAGAUUUCACCUAGAGCCUCUCAAACAGCUUAUAAAGCAAGGAUAUAUCAGUGAUUGUGUUAUAAUUGAGAUAAGACAAGCCAUCGAAAGGUGAGAGGCCGACAGGACCGCUUCAAGGAAGAAAGAAGAUAAUCAGCCAAAGCUUACUGCUUUUUAUAUGAGCAGUACAUGCUCUAAUAGCGAAAAACUUGACGGUGACACAGACAGUGAGUCCGCAUCAACCUCAUCUACAAAUAAUGAUUCGGAUAGUGAGAUUGCAUAACAUGACUUUAUUCAUGUAAUCAUUUGUUAAAAUGGCGAUGAAAUUGUUUCAGUGUUACACAAUAAUGGAUGUUGUGUUGAUGCACCUACUAUUUGAGCAUGCUGAUUAAAUUGUUUUAGUAUUACACAAUAUAGGACUUUGUGUAAAACUGAAUCAAAAUCAGGUCCUUUAAUACUCAAACAUCAUGCUGCUCAGUAGGGAUGCUACUUAAAAGAAACUUGAAGACCCCCCAAGGUCAUCUUUUGGCAUUUUAAGGCCCCCCAUGUUCCAUCCAAAAAAAUUGAAGGCCCCCAAUUUCUCCUCCACCCUCCCCCCCCCCCCCCCCCCUCCAACUUAAAUUAUGACUGGUCCCUAACAGCAGUGAACAUGGUAAUGUAAGUGCCACUUCGUGGAAUUACCAUUAAACCAUUAUUACUAUUAACCGUUACGAUUUAGAAAUACACAUACAAGAAAACAUUAAUGAUAGAACCCGACGUUUAGGGGACUUCCUGACUCCACUGAUUUCCAAGGUACAGUACAGGUAAAUUAUUAAUUGACACUUUAAGUGACGGCUGGCUACUUUUGAUCUAACAGCAGUAAAAUCCCGAAAAUCCUCCGGCAGUGUUACUAAUGAUCGUGUUCUUUUUUCAGGUGCAAAAUACAAGGACGAGUGUCCUGUGGAAAACAUGAUCCCAAUUUACUUAAUAGUGGCUGGGUCAAUUGGUCUAUUGAGCACUUCCUGCGCAUGCGCAGUCGAAUACAGAGAAGACAGAGAAGACAGAGUUGUAACGAUUCCCCCGCAGCCUGUGAGCCCGUACUGGCAAGUAAUCAAACAGUUGCGUUCACUCGUCUUACUGCUUCUGUUUGCUUGGUUCAUUGCUGGCAACGUAUGGAUUUAUAAAAAUUACGAACCUAACUACACCGAUCCUAAGAGCCCGUAUUUCUGCCACAAAACGCUGUAUCUAUUUGCUUUCUGGGUCAUUAAUUCGUAUUAUAUCUUGUUUGGUGGCGUGUUUGUUAUCGUGUGUGUGACGUACAUUAUUUCUUGCUUUUUUUCCUGA